AUGAGUACCACCAGUGCGAAGAGAAGUAUCGACUUUGAUACCGAUAGCGAGACGGAAGUAGAUGCCGUGCAUAUCGACAAACGGCGUAAGAGACGUUUACAGCAUGUCCAGCUGCCGACAAACUUAACCGACCCUAGCUCCGAGGGGGGGCCAGGCGACACGUAUGCAAACGAUGACGAAUACCUGACCAUGGAGCUGCCCCCAGACGGAUCCAUCUCGCCGCAGCCCGCUGAGGGCGGGCACAAGGAUGAGCCCAAACACGGGGCGCCAGUAGAUUUGAGCGCUUCGAUGCCUAAAGGUUUCCAAAUGAUGGCGAAGAUGGGCUACAAGACCGGAGGCGUCCUGGGGACAGGCGAUGGCCUCUCCAGGGCGCUGCGGCAACCACUGAGCGCAGUGGGCCAGAGAACAAGGACUGGUAUCAAACAGCGGCCGCCGCGAGCGGACGGCGAAGGUCAUCCAGAGGCCUCCGUCGCCGAGUACCGGGAGUGGCUCCAUGACGAGGAGAGCAGGAAGCGGAACGCCGCGGUUUUGGCGCGUAUGCAGAAGAUUGCGUUUGAACUGACGGGCGACAUUGACCUCGUGACAUCCACGAGCGAUGCUCGCGACUUCAACGUGCUCUGGAGGCGACAUGUGAUGCGACUGCUCGAUCGCUAUCACUCACAACCGAGUACUGCGAGCAGUAGCAGUCGCGGGACGCCCAGCCAGGUUGCCGCUAGCGAUAGCUUAGCUGCCAAUGCGAGUCCCGGCCUUACAGCAUCCUCCACCGACGAUGCAGGCAUCCAUGGCGAUGCGGGCAUCCCCGGUGACAGCGAGAUUGAGCUCUUCGAGGACCUAAGCCUCGAAGAGCAGAUUGCUCAGCUUCACAACUUUCUCAGAGCAGAACUGCGUUACUGCUUCUACUGUGGGACGAAGUAUGCCAACGAUGAGGACUUGUAUGAGCAUUGCCCGGGAUUCACAGAAGAUGAUCAUCAUUAG